AUAUCAUCUUAGUCAAGAACCGGGCCAUAAAUUCCCGCUUCUUGGUAGUUCGUCGUUUGGAAUAUCAAUCUCAAUGUGAUCUCUCUCUCUCUCUCUCUCUGCGCGGAAGAAGCAUAGUACACACGCAGACAUGGAUACGUCAAACCCUGCAGUUUUUUGCAAUGGUGAAUUAUUGAACGUGCAUUCUGGAAGAAAGAUUCGAGCAGUUGUUCAAGUUAUUCAAAGUGAUGGUGGAGUCGUUACAGGGAAGUCUACGGAUGAACAGCAUUUGACUGUUCAUGGCUUGCCCACAGUCCCUCUCAUGAACUUUGUAGAGGUCGUUGGUAUUGCUGAGGGCAACAAGAUCAUCAAUGUUGAACAUUGGACCGACUUUGGAACCACAUUUGAUGCCCAAUCUUACAAUCAGCUGUGCCAACUUGCAAAUGGGGAAUUCAGAAGUUUAUUUAUGUAAGGAUUUGUAGCUACGCAAUGAGAAGAGGUUAGGCGUGUGAUUUGUUAUGUGAUUCUGAGUCUUCUAAACUGCUGUAUAUUUAUUUCAAGGCAGCCAUGAUGUUUGUUUUGUCCACUGUUUAAUGUACUAAACUGGUUCAGAAUUUCUUGGAGACAUUGGGGCUCCAUUUCUGGUCUUCCCAGCACA